AUGACUUCGGAGUUUAUACAAAUCAAGAAAGAGCCAGCGUGUGGCGAAACACCGUCGACCGAUGAGAUCGUAAAUAAUAUUAAUAAUAAACAAAUUACAGAAAAUAUCGAAGUCUUAGAACAGAAAAUAGUUAGUGUAGAGUUUGUGAACAUUAAAGUGGAACCGCGGGAUGAUGUCAAACCUGAACCCAACCUACUUGUUGAGACGUCAACAUUUCACAACACAACUAUUAAAGAGGAGCCCGGCUACCACAACAUAGAUGUUGAAGUGUCCAUAAAAGAAGAGCCACUGGAUAGUGAUAAUGUGGAGUUGUCUAACUUCAGUGUACCGGAGUCUGUGAGACGUCCUCCGUGCAAUAUUUAUAUCAGUAACGUGUCGGAGGAGGUGUUGAGUCUGAACUCGACUGUGGAUGGCAAGUACAUGUGUCCAAUAUGUUACAAGAGGUUCGCCAACAAAGGUAACGUUCAGAGACAUGUGGCCUUACACUCGAGGGAGAAAUGGGAGUGUGAGGUGUGCUUCAGACAGUUCUUUAAGAAGAUGUUGUAUGAGAAGCACGUCCUGACACACUCCACAGAGAAGAGGUUCAAGUGUGACGAGUGUCAGAAGACGUUCAGAACCUCCUCCAACUUGGAGCAGCACAAGAGAAUACAUCUGACGGUGAAGCCGUUCCAGUGUGACACCUGCAAGAGACAGUUCUCAGUCAGAGCGAACCUACUGAAACAUCAGGGAGCGGGCCGCUGUAAGACACCGAGUGACAAGCCUAUAGAGUGUGACGUCUGUCAGAAAGUGUUCCAGAAAGAGUUCUUGUUGAAGAGUCACCUCCGGAGACACACGACGGAGCGGCCUUUCGUGUGUGACAAAUGUAAGAUGAGCUUCAAGUACAAGUCGACUCUGAUCCGACACGUGCAGCUCCACAACGGCAUCAAGCCCUACUCCUGCAAGAUAUGCAGGAAGAGGUUCACGCACGCGGGCCUCAUCAAGCCUCACAUGAGGAUCCACACGGGAGAGAAGCCCUACUCGUGUCCCGUGUGCGCCAAGAGCUUCGCCCACAAGCACAACAUGCAGCGGCACACGGUCCGCCACUCCAAGAUCAAGAACACGGUGUGCGCCGUCUGCAACAAGACCUUCCCCAAGGAGAGCCGGCUCAUCUACCACAUGAGGACACACACCAACGCGAAGCCGUUCGCGUGCGGCGUGUGCGAGAAGAAGUUCUCCCACAGACAGAACAUCAUCCGGCAUUACGGCCGGAAGCACCCUGGAGACACGUACGAGUGCAGCGACACGGACGCCAGCGUGGCCAAGGACGUGUGGGAGAACGUGGUGCGGACCUUGACCCCGGGGCGGGGCGCGCUGGGGCCCGGCACCAUCACCCCCGACUGA